CCGAGGCGCGCGCGGAACCGGGUGGCUGCUGCGUCCCCGCGCGCGGCCGGGCCAGGUAGGAACGCGGAGCCGCAGCCGCCUCGGCCAUGCGGCUGCCGGACCGGAGGCCUGGGCUGGGGCCCGCGCCACCCCCCGCGCGCCGCCCCCGCUGAGCCCGCGCCCGACUGGGCGCAGCAGGCACCAUGGUGCAGAAGUCGCGCAACGGUGGCGUGUACCCCGGCACUAGCGGGGAGAAGAAGCUCAAGGUGGGCUUCGUGGGGCUGGACCCUGGCGCGCCAGACUCCACUCGCGACGGCGCGCUGCUCAUCGCGGGCUCCGAAGCCCCCAAGCGUGGCAGCGUUUUGAGCAAGCCGCGCGCGGGCGGCGCGGGAGCGGGGAAGCCCCCGAAGCGCAACGCCUUCUACCGCAAGCUGCAGAAUUUCCUCUAUAACGUGCUGGAGCGGCCCCGCGGCUGGGCGUUCAUUUACCACGCCUACGUGUUUCUCUUGGUCUUCUCCUGCCUUGUGCUUUCCGUAUUUUCCACCAUCAAGGAGUACGAGAAGAGCUCAGAGGGGGCCCUCUACAUCUUGGAAAUCGUGACCAUCGUGGUGUUUGGCGUUGAGUACUUUGUGAGGAUCUGGGCUGCAGGCUGCUGCUGCCGGUAUCGAGGCUGGAGGGGCAGGCUCAAGUUUGCCAGGAAGCCGUUCUGUGUGAUUGAUAUCAUGGUGCUGAUUGCCUCCAUUGCUGUGCUGGCUGCUGGCUCCCAGGGAAAUGUCUUUGCCACAUCUGCACUUCGGAGCUUGAGGUUCCUGCAAAUCUUACGGAUGAUCCGUAUGGACCGGAGGGGCGGCACCUGGAAGCUCCUGGGAUCGGUGGUAUAUGCUCACAGCAAGGAGCUGGUGACUGCCUGGUACAUUGGCUUCCUCUGCCUCAUCCUGGCCUCGUUUCUGGUGUACUUGGCCGAGAAGGGUGAGAAUGACCACUUUGACACCUAUGCAGAUGCACUCUGGUGGGGCCUGAUCACCCUGACAACCAUUGGCUACGGGGACAAGUACCCUCAGACCUGGAACGGGAGACUGUUGGCAGCGACGUUUACGCUCAUUGGUGUCUCGUUCUUCGCUCUUCCUGCAGGCAUUUUGGGAUCUGGCUUCGCUCUGAAAGUCCAAGAGCAGCAUCGGCAAAAGCACUUUGAGAAGCGGCGGAACCCUGCGGCAGGUCUGAUCCAGUCUGCUUGGAGAUUCUAUGCUACUAACCUCUCACGCACCGACCUGCACUCCACGUGGCAGUACUACGAGCGCACAGUCACUGUCCCCAUGUACAGCUCGCAAACUCAAACCUAUGGGGCCUCCAGACUCAUCCCGCCUCUGAACCAGCUGGAGUUGCUAAGGAACCUCAAGAGCAAAUCUGGACUCACUUUCAGGAAGGAGCCACAACCAGAGCCAUCACCAAGUCAGAAGGUCAGUUUGAAAGAUCGUGUCUUCUCCAGCCCCCGAGGCGUGGCUGCCAAGGGGAAGGGGUCUCCCCAGGCCCAGGCGGUCCGGCGGUCCCCCAGUGCUGAUCAGAGUCUCGACGACAGCCCAAGCAAGGUGCCCAAGAGCUGGAGCUUCGGUGAUCGCAGCCGAGCACGCCAGGCUUUCCGAAUCAAGGGUGCUGCAUCCCGGCAGAACUCAGAAGAAGCAAGCCUCCCUGGGGAGGACAUCGUGGAGGACAACAAGAGCUGCAACUGCGAGUUUGUGACGGAAGAUCUCACCCCUGGUCUCAAAGUCAGCAUCAGAGCUGUGUGUGUUAUGCGGUUCUUGGUGUCCAAGCGAAAGUUCAAAGAGAGUCUUCGCCCGUACGAUGUGAUGGAUGUCAUUGAACAGUACUCAGCUGGACACCUGGACAUGUUGUCCCGCAUCAAGAGCCUGCAGUCCAGGAUAGAUAUGAUUGUGGGCCCCCCACCCCCUUCAACUCCCCGGCACAAGAAGUACCCUACCAAAGGACCCACGGCCCCUUCGAGAGAGUCACCCCAGUACUCACCUAGAGUGGACCAGAUUGUGGGGCGGGGCCCAACAAUAACGGACAAGGACCGCACCAAAGGCCCAGCAGAGACGGAGCUGCCCGAAGACCCCAGCAUGAUGGGACGGCUUGGGAAGGUGGAGAAACAGGUCUUGUCCAUGGAAAAGAAGCUCGACUUCCUGGUGAGCAUCUACACGCAGCGGAUGGGCAUCCCACCAGCAGAGACAGAGGCCUAUUUUGGGGCCAAGGAGCCUGAGCCGGCACCACCCUACCACAGCCCAGAGGACAGCCGUGAGCAUGCAGACAAGCAUGGCUGUAUCAUUAAGAUCGUCCGCUCUACCAGCUCUACAGGCCAGAGGAACUACGCUGCACCCCCAGCCAUACCCCCUGCCCAGUGUCCUCCAUCCACCUCAUGGCAGCAGAGCCACCAGCGCCAUGGCACCUCCCCUGUAGGAGACCAUGGCUCACUGGUACGCAUCCCACCACCCCCGGCACAUGAGCGGUCGCUGUCUGCCUACGGUGGGGGCAACCGGGCCAGUACCGAGUUCCUGAGGCUGGAAGGCGCCCCAGCCUGCAGGCCCCCUGAGGGUGCCCUGCGGGAUAGCGACACAUCCAUCUCCAUCCCAUCUGUGGACCACGAGGAGCUGGAGCGCUCUUUCAGUGGCUUCAGUAUCUCCCAGUCCAAGGAGAACCUCGAUGCCCUCGGCAGCUGUUACGCAGCUGUGGCGCCAUGUGCCAAGGUCAGGCCCUACAUCGCAGAGGGGGAGUCUGACACAGACUCAGACCUCUGCACACCAUGUGGGCCUCCCCCACGCUCUGCCACUGGCGAGGGCCCCUUUGGAGAUGUGGGUUGGGCAGGGCCCAGGAAGUGAGACUGGGCUGGGCUGCUGGGCCCCAGGCCACACCCACUCUAGUUCCUGGUUUGGAGCUGGAGUUCCAGGGCCUUUGCUAAAGUGACAGAAUGACACAGAGCAGUGUGGGUUGUGAGGAUGCUCAUGGGAUCUAGAUCUCAGGGUUUGCGUGGAGUGGAGGUGAGGCAGGGCUUCUUGGCAUACAUGGUAACAUUUUAUAGAAGUUCUUUUCCAACCAGGAGAGAGAGGCUGAGGCUGGGCCCUGGAGGCCCCUGGAGCUACCUAUGGCAGCAAAGCUAGCCCUGCCCAGUCUUCUUGGAGGACAGAUAUUGCCCUGUGAGUGAGGAGCAGCAGAGUGAUGGCGGCGCCUGUGCGUGGGGGUGUGGCUGGGAUCAAGUGCAUGGGAGACAGUGGUGAAGCAGGCCUGUCUACUGCUGAUGGCCAGUCCUGAAGCCCAGGGGUCUCCUAGCUUAGGCUGGAGACUCAGGAGGUAUAGCAGGUUGCUGGAUAUGGUCCACUCUCACACCUGACUGCUUAUCCCUCAGUUCCUGACUGCCCCAGUAACGCAUUACCAGGCCCACUGUGUGUGUGUGGCUGGGAAAUGCCUCUUAUCCCUGGACACCUAGCUAGAGAGCUGCCGGCCAGCAUCUUCCUCCCUCUUCCAGGUGGACCCUUCCAUGGGAGCCACCCUUAGAUCAGGACCCUUUUCCUGGAGUUGAGGAAGGGUAAGUCCUUAGGGACCAACCUGGAGCUUAGAACUGACCCUUGGAUGCCCCCACCCCUGGCUUCCACCUCUUAGGGGAGGACCCAGCUCACAGCCUUUUCCUGAAAGGGAUUCUUUGGGAGGUUCUGGCUGCCUCAUCCCUGGCACUGUAGCCCAGGAGGUCUGGGUUGAGACCUCAUGGCCUCACCUUUUCUUGGUGUGGCGCUGGUCUCCAGGCUGUGGCCAGUACUUCAAGAGAACCACCUGGUAAACAGACCAGCACUGUCCUUAGCCAGGGCACCAGCUUGCCUGCUGCCCACUUGGCUCUACAGAUCCAGGCAGGGCUGAAUGACAUGACAUUGUCAAACUGCCAGCUCUUUCAACAUGAGAGCAUGGCCUCUGCACCUGGUCAAGGAUCCUUCCCACGGAAGCUGCCAUCCACAGUCAAUCAUCCACUAUAGGUUCCUUGACUGUGGCCUCUGGGUGUUUGGGGAAUUGGGAACACCUUGUCUUCUACUCUGGUUAUCAGGACUCUGUGAGUGGGCAUCUUGGACCAUAUGGCAGCCAGCUUUAGAGUCCUCAGUUGUGGUCCUGCAACAUCUGGCCCAGAGGUGUCUGGCAUUGAAUGAUAGCAUUUUGGGGUGGGGGCCCCAGUCUCUCUGAGGCAACAGUUUUCCUGGCCACUGAGGGCAAGUAGAGCUUGAGCCCGGGCAGAGCUCUACCCACUUCUCCCACCCUUAAAAAAAAGUGUGUUCUGGCAGGGGUAGAAGCAGCUUGGGGGCCCAUGCCCAGCAGGAGGCACCCUAUCCCUGUCUCUGUCAGGGGAGCUGGGUCAGCUGUCUGCUGUGGUCUCCAUGUCCUCCAUGUCAGGGCUGCUAGGCUCCUGGUUGAGAAACUAUGUCACAGUGUGUGCACACUGGUUCUCUAGGGUAGUGCUGUAGUCAGCUCCUUGGAAGGAGAGAUGUCUCUUCCUAUGUGGGCAUGGCAGGCAGUGUAGACAGGAAGAGCAGCUACCCCUUCACUAGCCUUCUCUUGGAGAGUUGAGCCCUGGUUCAGACCCUCCACCUGACACACAGGUAGACUCCAGGGCAGAGGGACAAGCACAUCUGCCCUGGACAGAACAGCUGCCGGAGUACUCCUCCCCUAGACCUGGGUAGACCAGAGCUGUCUCAGCUCCAGGGAAUGUGGGAAGGAGGUUUGUGUCUGUCCUACAUGCUCUACACAGUAUGUCCUGCCUCAUAUGUGUGGCCCCACUUCCUGUCCCCAAAGCUGCCAUAGAUACAAGAGCCUGACCUAGGGUUUUGUAGGAUGAAGGUGGACAGGCAUGCCCUCCCCAGAAACCUUAGCCACACAGAAUUUAUCAGAAGUCCUUAUUAGGGUCCAGCAAGAGGGAAACAGGAGGCCAAGGUCUGCUGUGCAGAUGAGGAGCAGUGGUCCAGACUUCAGUGUCCGCUACUCAAGGAAGAAGUUCAUCUCGAGGGGUGACAUGGAAACCCUGAUGUGAGAGAUGACCGAGCCCCUUCUUGGGGACCCAGACCCAGGCCUGAGCAACAUGAAUGUCCACUGCCUUGGCAUUCCCACCCUCAGGGAAACAGGACAGGAUGGAUGCACUUUCUUGGGUAUUCACAUGUGUGACCAAGCAUGGCUGGAGGCCAGCAGCUGCCCCAUGGCAAAAUUUUCCCCAGAAAACAUUUGUUUCAACACAUUCUCUCACAUGCCUACCAUCACAUGCCCAUACACUGGGCAUGUAUGUACAUUCAUAUAUGUGCACACAAAAGCUUACAGACCAUGCUUUCAUAUGUACACACAAGUAUACACACAGAGAGACACAAGUGUACAUACAACAGUUGUACUUUCAAAUACAUAUUCCUUGUUACAUACAUACACAUAAAAGCUUACACACAGUUUGCCAGAUCACACAUAUACACAUACAUAUGAACACGUGAACAUACAGGCUUAUAGGCUAUAUGUUAAUUCCACAUAUGCACAUACAACAGGAACCCACUUUUAUACCUGCAUAUUCACACAUAUGUACAUGUGCACACAUGAGUAACCUGGAUGUAUAAUGUACACACACACACACACACACACACACACACACACACAUACACACAUACAUAUGUAGGCUUCACCCCCUCACACACACUUGAAUCUUUCUCUUUGGCUCUUCCUGAUGGAAGCUACCUUGGGAGGGUGCCACAAGAAUUAAUGAUGAAUGUUCUAAAAUGUUGAGCGCUGACUGGGGUGGGAGCUCUCGGUAUCUAGGGCUUCCGGGCAACAGUGGUAGAGGGUCCGCCUGGACCCCAUUGAAUUCCCACACUGCCCUCCCCUUGGACUAGCUGGUAGUUGUAGGUGCCAGGAGAGGCUGUGGCUAGGUUGGGGUGAGGGCAGUUCUAAUGCCUACUGAGGUCCAGAUCAGUCUUUGCAUUGGGUCAGUCUUGGUAUUGGCCAGUUCCCAGUGCCCUCCUGUGUACAUGCCUGCUUCAUCAUGCCAGGCUGUGAUCAGUGUUUUCUGGCUUAACAUCUUCCUUUCUUUUCAAUUAUGGCCUCCAGGAAGUGCACUCUUGUCUACCAGGGCCAGAACACCUGGGGUGAGGGCCCAUCUGCUGUCCUCCAUGUGGUCUGGGCAGACCAAGUGUCCUCUAAGCUAGCUGGUAUGCUUUCACCUUUAUGGGCCUCACUUGAAAUCCGCACUAGACACUAAAUGGGCCUCUUUGGAGGGGACUCUAAGCUGUAGUCAGCCCCAGUCCCAAGACAAGGAGAGACAUAUCCAGGUCCACCUUCCACCAUUAAUGCACUGGUUUAAGGUUCUUUCUCCCCUUGAGCUACAGAUUCAGAAUGUGGAAAAGGAGGCCACCUUGCCUUGUGCCACCCCUACUGGGCUUAUCCGAUGUCUGGGGCACUGUGAAGAACACCCUCCUUUUUUGUGGAAAGAAGUGGGCCCAGAGAUGUCUUCAGACCUUCCCCCAGAAGUGAGAGAAUCUGAGAUAGGAAUGCUUUCUGAAACACCGGAGCUUGUGUCUUUCAGUUUUCUGGGUGUAAGUAGUGCACAGAGUAGAGGCUAAUACAUUUGCCCAUGGCUCACACCCCGACACCAACAGGACAUGUGGAUCUUUGUCUGAGGUCACAACCUCUUGAAAUAAACAUGAAAAACUUGAACAGUGGGGCCCACAGUAGAGGGACUCAGAUGUCUGGGGCACCUUGACCCCAGCAGGGCGGGCUGGGGUUAGAGUGGAGACUCUAUACAGAAUACCCCUGAAGUCCAGGCUCACAUGGCCGGAAUGAUGUGGUCAUCUGCUACCAUGAUGCAGAGAGACUGGCCUUCCGCUCCCCUGAGACCUCCUAGGGCAUAAGAUGUAGAGGUCCAAGAAGAGUCUGCAGGCGUGUCCACCUGGCUGUCCUGGGCUCUUACUGUGGCCCAGCUGAGCUAAGGAGGCAAGAGCUUCCCAGAGGAGGUAUUGUGAUGGAAAUGAGGGUUUCUAGAGAUCCAGGUGCCUCUUCUUUCUGAGGAGUCUUCAGCAUGUGCCCAACACAUGCCUUAGGCCUUAGGGCUUAGGGGGCCCAGUGGCCCUGUGAAUGAAUUGGGGCCACAGUUGAUGAAUUUUGCUUGUCUAUGAGGUGGUUCUAGCAGCAGAUCUUGGGGGGCACCAGAGGGUAGAGAGAAGGGGUUACACCCUAGGAAGGAGACCCACCAAUGCCUAGCAGUGCCUGGGUUUUUCAUUUGUUCAGAGCUCUGUCUUAGAUGCUCACCUUGGUGUCCUGGCUGACAGAAGAUACUGGGUCUGGCCCAUGACCCACCCUGAAGUUCCCUCGGUGUCUAACUCCCUGUCAGAGAAGGGAUAGUCCCCAGGCUGUUCUGGGACUCUCAGGCAGGAGUGCACAUCGCUAACACCGCACAUCCAACUGGGACUGGCUUUUACAAAGUUGUUGCCUUAAUGUGUGUUGAGGGAAAUUCACCAAGGUCACCCCUGCCUCUGCCUGAUGCAGACACACUGGACUCCACCUCCAGGUCCUGCUGCUGGAGAGGAGUGCUGGUAUGAUGGGCUGCCACUAGUAGUCCCACAUGGAGGGGCUCAAAGCUGUGACCCCCUUGACGUUGCCCAUCUGCCUGGGACGGUUCCAUAUACAGUGCAGCGCACCCUGCGCUUCCAGCCCACACCUGCCCAUUGCAGUCUUGUCCCCGGGGCCGCAGCUGCGGCUGCAGCUUCCCCAUCUGCGCUGUUGCCUUUGGCUGUCUUUGCACUUUUGUUCAUGCUCCAAAGAAUAUUUCAUAAUGCCUUCAUACUGAUGUGCACCCCAACCAUUUUGUACGUGCCCUUGGGCCACAGCGAAUGGCCUUCUCCUUUUGGCCAGAGUGCCGCCACCUGCACACAACGCUGUCUUCUAGGGAUAGACGCCCAGGGAAUGAACUCUAGUUUUCUAACUGACUAGCUGAGAUGCUAACUUGCUCAACAUGAACAGAAUGGCACUUGUGCUGUGUGAGCGGGCCAAUGUGUGCUCGCAGGGAGCUUUGGGGCAUAAUCCCGCAGCAGGGAUGCAUGCAGAUGGUUCUGGAAAGUUUUGCUGCCACAGGGCUAAGUUCAGAUGCCCAGUGGACCUGUGCACUUAGUAAAACACAGUGAUUCAACUUGGA